GUUGGGCAACCCCUACAUUGGCAUUGGUGAACAGGCUCUGAUCCCAAGGACUGUUACCGCUUUCUUUUCUCUUGUGCAGACCGUGUUAGGAACGCAACCAUGACGAAGAACUGCCACAAUGACUACAAGAUGAAGUUCUCGCUGGAUGAUGAGUACCCUGACCUCAGCCAGCACAACAACCACAUGGCCAAGGCUCUGACCAAGGACAUUUACAACAAGCUGAGGAGCAAGUCAACCCCCAGCGGUUUCACCCUGGAUGACGUCAUCCAGACCGGAGUGGACAACCCUGGCCACCCCUUCAUCAUGACCGUGGGCUGUGUCGCUGGUGAUGAGGAGUCCUACGAGGUCUUCAAGGAUCUGCUUGACCCCGUCAUCUCCGACCGUCACGGCGGAUACAAGCCAACAGACAAGCACAAGACUGACCUGAACUUCGAGAACCUGAAGGGCGGUGACGACCUUGACCCCAACUACGUUCUGAGCAGCCGUGUGCGCACUGGCCGCAGCAUCAAGGGAUACACCCUGCCCCCCCACAACAGCCGUGGCGAGCGCAGAGCCAUUGAGAAGCUGUCCAUUCAGGCUCUGAAUGUCCUGGAUGGAGAGUUCAAGGGCAAAUACUACCCCCUGAAGGACAUGACCGAGAAGGAGCAGGAGCAGCUGAUUGCUGACCACUUCCUCUUUGACAAGCCCGUCUCCCCCCUGCUGCUGGCUGCUGGCAUGGCCCGUGACUGGCCCGAUGGAAGAGGCAUCUGGCACAACGACAACAAGACCUUCCUGGUCUGGGUGAACGAGGAGGACCACCUGCGCGUCAUCUCCAUGCAGAAGGGCGGCAACAUGAAGGAGGUCUUCAGGCGCUUCUGCGUCGGACUGCAGAAGAUUGAGGAGACCUUCAAGAAAAACAACCACGGCUUCAUGUGGAACGAGCAUCUCGGCUAUGUGCUGACCUGCCCCUCCAACCUGGGCACUGGCCUGCGUGGUGGCGUGCACGUCAAGCUGCCCAAGCUGAGCACACACGCCAAGUUCGAGGAGAUCCUCAGCAGGCUGCGUCUGCAGAAGCGUGGCACAGGCGGUGUGGACACUGCCUCCGUGGGUGGCAUCUUCGACAUCUCCAACGCUGACCGUCUGGGCUCCUCCGAGGUCGAGCAGGUCCAGCUGGUGGUUGAUGGCGUGAAGCUCAUGAUCGAGAUGGAGAAGAAGCUGGAGAAGGGAGGCACCAUCGACGACAUGAUUCCCGCCCAGAAGUAAAGUGGGAGGCCGUGUCUUCUUUCUUUUUUUUUAUAUGACCUUACUCUUACUGUAACCUAACACGCACGCGAGCAGAUGAGACCCUAUUUCUGCCUUUUCCCCAAACUACUUACUCUGCUUUCUUCAUACUUUCUAUCCACCCUUUCAUUUCCUCCCCCUCCCCACCCCCACUCCCAUUGCUCUUUAUCUCCCCCCAUCUUUCCUGUAACAUCCUGGGAUCAAACCUCCACAGUCAGGUGGCCCUGGCUUUGUGUCUUCACCGAAAUUUCAAUUUUUUUUUGGUUGUAAAAAGUAAUCGGUUCAAUAAAUCUCGCCCCAUGAAACAAUCAA